AAGGACUUACCUUUUUACUUUGGUGUUUGCUGGAAGGAAGAAAGCAUCCAAAAAAUGUCAGCAUCUAUAUUCAAACAGUCCAAUGUCAUCACCUGCAGAGCUAUGGUGGCAUGGGGGGCUGGACAGGAACUGGUGAUGGAGGAAGUGGAAGUGAGUCCACCGCACCCUCUGGAAAUUAGGAUCAAAGUUGUUUGCACCUCUCUCUGCCGCAGUGACAUUACUGCUUGGGAGUCCCAGGCUAUAUUUCCUCGAAUAUUUGGCCACGAAGCAGCAGGGAUAGUUGAAAGUGUUGGAGAGGGAGUCACUGAAUUUGUGGAGGGGGAUCAUGUGCUUACAGUAUUCACUGGAGAAUGUGGGACAUGCAGGCAUUGCCAAUCAGAUAAAAGUAACAUGUGCCAGGUCCUGGGGUUAGAAAGAAGAGGCUUAAUGCAUAGCGAUCAGAAGACACGCUUCUCAAUUAAAGGGAAACCUGUUUUUCAUUAUUGUGCAGUUUCUAGUUUCAGUGAAUAUACAGUCGUGCACUCAGGAUGUGCUGUCAAAGUCAGCUCAUUUGUACCUCUUGAUAAAAUAUGCCUACUCAGUUGCGGAGUAGCUGCAGGACUUGGUGCAGCUUGGAAUGUUGCUGACAUAUCUCCAGGAUCAACAGUUGUAAUUUUUGGUCUUGGAACUGUUGGUCUUUCUGUUGCACAAGGUGCCAAACUCAGAGGAGCAUCUCGCAUAAUUGGCAUUGACACAAACCCUGAAAAGUGUGAGAAAGCAAAAGCUUUUGGAGUAACAGAAUUUCUCAACCCAAAUGAUUGUAAUGAACCAAUUCAACAGGUUAUCAAGCGUAUAACUGACGGAGGAACAGAUUACUCAUUUGAAUGUAUAGGUGAUACUGGAAUGAUAACCACAGCAUUACAAUCUUGCUGCGAUGGAUGGGGGUUGACCAUUACGCUUGGUGUGCCAAAGGUGAAGCCUGAAGUAGCAGCUCACUAUGGACUAUUCUUGACUGGAAGAACACUGAGAGGAUCUCUAUUUGGAGGAUGGAAACCUAAAACUGAUCUUCCAUCACUAGUGGACAAGUACAUAAAUAAGGAAAUCCAGAUAGAUGAUUUCAUCACACACAAUCUUCCAUUUGAGGAUAUCAACAAAGCUUUCAGUCUCAUGAGAGAAGGGAAGUGCUUGCGAUGUGUUAUCCACAUGCCAAGGUAAUUCAUUUUCCAUUGUCAAGAGGACGAAAAUGAAAAUAACAUGCAUUGCGUGAUGCUGAGCAUGAGGAAAGGCUCAGAAGACAAUACUUGUGAUGGAUAAUCUGAAGUAUGUUGUUCUGUUAUUUUUAUUAUUCUUAUAUGUGCCACGUUGUGCUUUUAGUGGAUCAACAAAACUUGUUUAUGAAAGUGAAAAUUUCUGGGAUUCAAAAUAAUGAAAACAGUUAACCCAU